CAAAAUACAUUUGUGGUUAGGUUUGGAGUUUGGUGUAAAGUAAAAUAAUUUUUAUUUUUUUUUGUUUCAUUAAAUAAAAUAUUAAACAAAAUAAAAUGUCUACUAACACAAAGAAAUACGAUGAAAUAGAUGAAGCUGAGGAGGAAGCCCUCCUCAAAUCAGACGAAGAAGGAGCACCUCCAGGCAAUCAAGCCCUGGCCGAUGAUGAAGAUGAUGUUCUUAUGGAUGAAGAUACCAUUGGAGAUACAUUACCCGAUGGUAUCGAGAACGAAGAAGUCGAAGAUCAAGACGAUGAUGAUGACGAUGAUUCAGAUCUCGAUGAUACCACCAAAUAUCUCAUUGAAUAUAAUAAUCUUCUAAAAGAAAUUGCCGAGAACCAAUACGCUUAUGAUAAAUACGUCAAGUUGUGUGAACUAUCACACAAAACAGAUGAUUUGGAUAACAUCAGAAACGCUUACAAUUUAUUUGCAUCGGUCUAUCCUUUAUCUCCUGAACUUUGGUUACAAUUCUUGAGGAUAGAAAUUAGUGUUGCACUAUCCGAAGAAGAAAUCCAAAAGGUCGAUGAACUUUUUAAUAAGGCACUGCAUGAUUAUUACAGUAUAGAAGUUGCUUUGGAAUUUGCAGUAUUUGCAUCGAAAACUAAUCGUGGAACAGAGAUUUGGGAUGAAAUACUGGGUACUUAUGGAUUGCACUGUUUGAAAGGCAAUCAUUUCUUUAAAUUGUACAGACAAUACGUUGAAGGCUUAGAAAAGAGCAUGGAUGAAAAAACACAAUUAAAUAUUCAAAGUUACCUGCGUCAAUUAAAAAUACCUCUUCUCGAUAUGGAAGACAUUUAUAUCGAGUUCAAAGUUGCAUACGAACAAAACAAAGCGACGCCCGCUUACAGCAGUCUCGAGUGGGAAACCAUAGAAAAAGAAUAUUUCCGUGCCAAAGGACAUUUACAAAAAAUACUUCCACACGAACAGAAACUCCUUGAAGUCGACGAUAAACAAUAUCGGGAAAAGGCCGAUAUUUAUCGCAGCUACAUCAAAGAAUCGGAUAAGUUUCUUGAUGAAAAUAUCCUUCAAACUCUCUACGAACGACUUGUGGCAGAUUGUUGUUUAAAUGCUGAUUGUUGGUUUGAAUAUAUUUCGUUUCUUGAUUAUCGAGAUGAAUAUGAACGUCCAAAGGAGCUUCAAGAUUUACCUGUAUUCCGUCAAAAUGCUGUCGAUGUGAGCAAUCGAGCGUUGCGCAAUUGUUCGUGGAAUGAGAAGUUGUAUAUAAAAAGAAUGCAAUUGCUGGAGAAAAUGGAAAAGAGUCGUCAGGAAAUACAAGAGGUUUUGGAGAGUUCUUUGUCGGUGGGUUUUCAGACACCCGAACCAGCGGUGGCUAUUUGGUUGGAGUAUUUAACAUAUUUGAGGCGACUGACCGAUUACGAAGACGAAGAGGAGUGCGAGAUUUUGAGGAGAAACUUUAAUUUGUGUUGGAAUACUUUGGGACAGCAGUGGGGAGUGUUGGCCGAUUGUAAUUGUGAGAUUUUACAAUUUUGGGGAAGGCUAGAGUAUGGCCCAUUGCGGGAUCCCAAAAAGGGCAAGGAACUUUGGACGACAGUUAUGGAAAGUGCCGAUAAUGCCACUAGGAGUGGUCUUUGGAUUGAGUUCUCUCAGCUAGAAAUGAGACGUGACUUAGAUUCAACAAGAAAACUCUUUCGAAAAGCUUUAAAUUCUCAAGAUUUGGAUAAUCCAUAUGUGAUAAUAUCAGCGUGGCAACGAUUUGAACGUUGUAAUGGCUCCAUCCGGAGCAUGGUUUCUUGUCAAAAGGAUUGUGAUGAAUUUUUAAAGAAUUAUCAAAGAACUAUCAAAGACAUCACAAAGAAAUUCGAACAAAAACAACAACCAAAAGUCGAUAAGAAAGGUAAAGAUAGAAAAAGAAAAGCCAGUGAUGUCUCACAAGAAUACAUCCAAGAUAAAAAGGCUAAAAUUGAUACAGCCACUGAAUUCGAUGCCAAUACUGAUAUUUCAUCAUUCAAAGAAAGGAAAUCAUCUAUGGGUACAUUUAAGGAGCAUGAGAAUCAAGAAAUUGAUUUGACAAAAGAUCAUUUGAGAAUAUUUAUUAGUAAUUUGGAUUAUAAUUUGAAUGAGGAUGAAGUCAAAGAACAACUGACUGAACUGAGAAUCUCCAGUAUUAAUUUAAUUCGAUCAGCAAAUGGUAGAAGUAGAGGUUUUGGUUAUGUAGAAUUAGAAGAUGAGACUGAAGUUGAUAAAGCUAUAAAACUUGACCGGAAAUUGAUUAGCGGUCGACCAAUAUAUAUAUCCAGUGUGCUAAGGGAUAAGGAGAAAAGACAGAAGUUCAAGUUUUCUGAUGGUUUAGAGCCAAAAAAGCUUUUUGUCAAAGGACUCCCGCCAGAUUCGAAAAAAGAAGAAGUCGAAGUAAUGUUCGGUUCAUUUGGUAAACUACAUGAUGUUCGUCUGGUCUUUCAUAAAAGUGGAAAAUUCAAAGGAAUUGCUUAUGUUGAGUUCGAGGAAGAGAAAUCAGCGUCCACAGCUUUAAUGAAAAUGGAUCAGACUGAACUUCGGGAUCACAUCAUAUCCGUUGCAAUUUCUGCACCCCCACCAAAGCCGUUCGCAGCAGGCAAAGAACCACCUCUAAGUGUGAAAAAAAUUCUUGGUAUGAGCACAGGUAGAAAGCCAAAAAUUACUGCUGCCCAACUCAAUCAGAAACCCCGAAUGUCUUUGAUUCCUAAUGCAGUGAGAAAACAAUUAACACCAUCAUCACUGUCAACCACAACAAGCUCAUCAACAGCAGCAAAUGGUUCGUCCAAGACAAAUGAUGACUUUCGUAAAUUGCUGCUCUUAAAGAAAUCCUUGUCAUAGAAAAAAAGAGUAAAUUACAUUUUUAAAUUUAUGUAUGUAUUUUAAAAAACAACAUUACACAUUUCUUUUUGUUUGAAACAAAUAACUAUAAA